AUCACCGACUGCCGAAUACUUGUUAAUUCCGGACAAAACCCCCGCCAAUGGCAGUAAAUUAUAAUUUUCCUAAUCUCCAAUGGGACCCGAAGACGGAACCCGCUCAGGCACUCGCGCGGGCCUCGCCGCCUCGCGAGCACAAUACCGGGGUCAUCCAUCCCGAUCUCGCUGCUCGCCACUGAUCAACAUCAACGCCCGGCUACAUGUAGCUCGCGCCAUGUCUGUGAACUCAAAUCUGGCCCAGCAUCGCCUGUCAUUUCGUGACAUGCGCCAGAGGGAUGGAUGAGCGCGAUACUGCAGCCAGCCGAGAGGCGUCUGCGGGCGACGUCGUGCCAGACGCGUCUGUCGACGGCCCAGCCGACGCGAGCGAGAAGAAGUCACUGUCCGGCAACCGCAUUCAGAUGCAAGAGGAGAUUCCCACAGACGAUGGCCUCAGCAAGUACGACACGUAUUGGCGUCGCCUCUUGGCACCGUCCAACUGCCGAUGGAACAUGAAUUCACCGCCCACCUUCACCACUGGCCUGUGUGUCUUGUACGCAUUGUCUGCCACCUUCACCGUUGCAAACUUAUACUACAACCAGCCAAUUUUAGACAAAAUCGCCGCCACGUUUGACGUCACAUAUGAGCAGUCCUCUCAAGUGCCUACUCUGCUUCAAGCUGGAUACGCUGCUGGCUUGGUCUUCAUUCUGCCACUGGGUGACAUGGUCGAGCGACGGGCCUUCAUCCUCGCCCUCGUUCUACUGACAGCCACAUUGUGGAUCGCCCUAUGCGUCACGACGUCCUUCACUACCUUUCGUGUCAUCUCCUUCAUCUGCGGCGCAACAACAGUGACCCCUCAGCUCAUGAUCCCUCUCGUCGGUGACUUUGCGCCCCCUGAACGGAAAGGCGCCAACUUGUCCAUCGUCACGUCCGGCUUGCUCCUGGGGAUGCUGGUCGCCCGGUUGCUCUCCGGCGUCGUCGCCAACUACACAGCCUGGAGGAACAUUUACUGCCUCGCCUGCGGAGCGCAGUACGUGCUCGGCCUGAUGCUCUACCUCUUCAUGCCCGACUACCCCGCCACCAACCCAGACAGCCUCCACUACCUCAGGGCACUGUGGUCGAUCCCCAAGAUGAUGUUCACAGAGCCCGUGCUGAUCCAGGCGUGCGCCAUGGCCUUCACCAUGAGCAGCUGCUUCACCUCGUUCUGGACGACGGUCACCUUCCUGCUCGUCUCGCCACCAUACGAGUAUCCGUCUCUCGUGGUGGGUCUGUUCUCGCUGCUCAACAUCGCAGCAUUGGUGUGUAUCCCCCUGUACGGCCGCAUCAUUGACCGCUUCGUGCCCCUGUUCUCCAUCCUCCUGGGCCAGAUGGUCAUGCUGGCCGGCAUCAUUUUUGGCACAUUCACCGGCACCUUUACCGUCGCAGGGCCCAUCCUGCAGGCCAUUGGCAUCGACGUCGGGGUUCAGAUCGCCCAAGUCGCCAACCGCUCGUCCAUCUUCUCCAUCAACCCCAAGGCUAGGAACCGCGUCAACACGGCCUACAUGGCGUGCGCGUUUGCGGGCCAGCUGACGGGCACAGCCGUCGGUAAUCGGCUCUAUGCUGCGGGAGGUUGGCGGUACAGCGGCGGCUGCAGCAUCGGAUUUACCUGCCUUGCGAUACUCUUUGCGCUCGCGCGCGGUCCCAGAGAAUCCCGAUGGGUCGGUUGGGGCGGAGGAUGGCGGCUUAGGAAGCUUCCCCCAGUGCCUGCAACGCCCUGAGGGCAGACGAGGGCAG